AUGGUUCUGGAAGCGCUGGCCGCUGUCGGCCUCGCUGCCAAUGUUGUGCAGUUCAUUCAAUUUGGCUGUCAGCUGGUUUCGCUCAUGUCGGAUAUCAAACACAGCGCCGAUGGGUUGGCUCCUAGACACUCUGAUCUAGGUGCAAUUGCGAAAGCCCUCGAAGAACAUAGUAAGAAGCUGAAAAGCACGUCUUUGCCCGAGGGCGAUGCUGUAGCAGUUUUGGCGGAGCGGAGCGCUUUAGUAGCAAAUCAAUUGCUUCAUACCAUCAAGAACAUUGGCGGAAAGAAGCCAGGCAGCACACCUGAGCACUGGGCUAGCUUCUGCCAAGCUGUAAAGACAAUUUGGAAGCAUGAUAAGAUCUCAAGCUUGGAUUUACGGAUGAAGAACCUACGAGAUCAAAUGAUACUCCAUUUACUCUCCGAGACAGCCUUUGAGACAAGGGAGCAUCAAGUGAGGACAGAAACUUCGUUGAACGAGCUCCAAACGGGCCAGGCCCACUCGGAUCUUCGGCUUUCACACCAGCUAGCGGAUAUUAUGAAGAACCUAAGCGCCAUCGGAGAAAGGUUCUCGGGAAUCCAAAGCCCAAUCUCGCUCACCGAGCUUGAGCACUCAUUCUCUCGGUUCUCUGUCGAUUUUGAGCGUAUAGCGGUCAGAAAAUCAAUACAAGAGAGCCUACUGUUCGAUAGUAUGACUAUGCGACAUACCAAAAUUCCGGACGCUCAUCGACGAACCUUUGAUUGGAUAUGGCUGACGGAGUCAUUGCCAGUAGAAGACCACCGCUCGAAGAUUGAAUUAUCUUCCUGGUUAGAGCACGGGAAGGGCAUCUAUUGGAUAACUGGCAAGCCAGGUUCCGGGAAGUCCACAUUGAUGAAGUACCUUGACGACCAUAAGAGCACCAACCGGUUACUUCAGGCAUGGGCUCAGUCUUCCCGACUGGUAACCGCAAGUUUCUAUUUCUGGAAUCCGGGCACGUCGAUGCAGAAGACUUUGCUUGGGCUACUACAGUCUCUCCUCUAUUAUAUUUUGAGCCGCUGCCCAGACCUGGUCGAGGUCUUAUGCCCGAAAAGAUGGAGCGCCGGGCAAAUUUCCGCCGCCGCGUCAGGUCCGUGGUCAGUUUCGGAAUUGCGACACUCACUUGAUCUCCUGAAAACCCAAGAAAAGGUUUCUGCAAGGUUCUACUUUCACAUCGACGGGCUCGACGAGUACGAAGGUGACCACUACGAGGUCAUCCGCACCAUCCAAGGCUUAGCUGAGUCGCCGGCUUUCAAACUGUGCGUUUCCAGUCGACCAUGGAAUUGCUUCCAGGACGCCCUCGGCGGUUCAAACGAACGGACCCUCCAAUUACAUGAGCUCACAGAGAAAGACAUCGAACUCUUUGCGCAUGAGAAUGUCCUGCAACACAAUCGGCGCUUCAAGAAUGCAUUUCAAGAACAAGAGUAUGUUCAGUUGGUCCACGAAAUCAGGAGACGGGCGCAAGGCGUGUUUCUCUGGGUGCGCUUAGUGGUACAUUCGCUUCGCGAAGGGCUAGCGAACGAGGACCAGAUUUCGUUACUCCGGGAGAGACUUGAAGAAUUACCCACCGACUUGGAGCCGUUCUUCGAACACAUCCUGAACUCUGUGCACAAGGUAUACCGAGAACGGAUGGCGUCCACCUUCUUGGCCGCUCUCCAAGUUACGGAACCAUUAAAGAUCACUCAUUAUUUCUUUCUGGAUGAAGAGGACCCCGAAGUUGGAAUGCAAAUGCCCUUUAAGCCUCUAAAUGAAGUGGAGAUCAUGGAAGCAAUCGAAACAACACAAAGACGAUUGAAUGGCCGUUACAAAGGCCUCCUCGAGCCAUCCUCCACUCAAUACUUAACAACCAGAACGACCGUGGACUUUCUCCACCGUACUCUUCGCGAUUUCUUGAAAACUCCGAAGAUGGAAAGCUUUUUCGAAUCACGGUUGGCUGACGGCGCCAGCGUCUCAGCAAGCAUUGUGCGUGCUCUCCUCGCUGAGACGACGUUGGUGAACAAGUCUGUAGUUCCCAGGGAUUUCGAACCCGCGCUGCGACUAGCAAAUCAGGUCUCUACAGAGAUGGCCGACGCUUCGUAUGAGCACUCGAUCAUCGACUGUAUUGAGUACGCCUGCCACCAACUCUGGUCCUGUAGCGAGCCACUCGAAGAUGCUCCUCCGAGCUUCAUGACGGAUAUCGCCAUCCAUAUUGGACGGAUAGAUUAUGUGGAACACAGAGUAAAGCAAAAGCCAUGCGUAACCGACCUGGACUCUAUGCUGAUGCAUGCGCUUUUAUGUUCGUCUGCUCGCACCCUUACAUUUGCUACAAUCUUCGACACUGAUCGCAACGGCAUAGAUUCCGCGCUGAUCGACUACACUAGCGACCGGUUUUGCUUGCGUCGAGAAGCAGAGCACGAGAAGAACAUAGCUCCUCUAAGCAACCUCGUCCAGGUGCUUCUCGAGCGUGGUGCGGAUCCGAAUGGAGUAGUGCUCGGAAUACCUGUCUGGUUUGCGUUCCUUGAGCUUCUCCUACGCGGCUCGAGAAUCACACACCACCAAGAAUGGUGGAGAAUCUUUCAACUCAUGGUCAGUCACGGAGCUGACAUCCGCCAGCAAGCUCCCAUUUUGUCCUGCCUUGCAGGCAGUGCGGAACAGCUGGAUGACGAGCAACUCCAUGAACUCAUUAGAGGCUUCUCUCCCUUCCUGGACCAAGGCCUGGAUCCGAACUUCAAUUGUGGCCGGAAUAGCAUUUGGAUCGAAUUCAUGUUCUCCGUGGGAAAUAGACGGUCCAAUGUUACCAUCUGGGAUGCGCUCAAGGGCCUUAUAGCUUCAUUCUUCCACCAUGGGGCCAAAGUAGCAUCUUUAAUGGGAAGGCACAGCGGUAUCGAAUAUUCUUGGCUUCAUUACACAAUCCGUCAACUUAGGUCCCAGUUCACGAUCCUGGGCGGUCUGGAACCUGCCUCGAUAUUCGAAAUAUUUCUGAAGAACGGCCUUGAUCCAAAUUCGGGCUUCGGCAGGUCCACUAUCUGGGAACAUCUUCUGGGAGCCCUGGGACAUGGUUUGCAAUACGCACACUCUCGCAAUUAUGUCGAGAUGAGCUGCAAACUCAUCCUACUAUUCUUGAGCUACGGCGCCGAUCCCAGCUCUGAGACUCUUUUCCAGAUGAUGGGUUGGACCUUUGGCGGGAGCUGCAGAUUCGAGCAAUUCGACGCCCGUGCCAUAGAGCUCGCAGUGCGUCGAGAAAUGGACGAACUCCAAUCCCGCAAUGGGCUCGCUGCUUGCUUCCACGGACCAUUGAAUCAGCCGCCCGAACAACCACUAUCGCAUCCUCCAGCAGCGCCGCUAGGCUCAGUGCCUAUUGGGGAGCUUCGCGAGCAGCAUCUGCAAACCCUACACCACGCUCCUCUGAGAAGAGGGGGCACUCAGCGUAACUCACAUGUCCGCAAUGACACUUUUGCUUUUGGAUCGAAGCGACCGUUUCCAUUCUCAGAUUCGGAGUCGUGGGAUGAUGAUAGAGGCUCUGGGUACAACUCGAUCAAAAGAAGAGCACAGUAGGGAGGGAGGCCGUGAUGCGAGACAUAGCGAACCCGAUGCAUCCCUUCGGAAGGAUACCGCAGACCCAGGAAUGGCGGGUCAAAAUGGUUCACCCUAAAGAGGUUCGUGACGCUACGGGCUCACAAAGUAUCGCUUGGGAGGCGCGACAGUAGAUCGCUUUUCGGCCGAUGCCGAGGGCGAUCCUUGGUCGAAGGAUCCCGCGCUGAAACUUCGGGGCGGGGGGCGGGGGGGCUCCGGAAAGCGCCCGGUCAUUGCGGCUUACCUCCACAAGGGAGUGAGCUUGGGAAGGUGAGGUCCGGACCCCUGCGGCUUCAUAGUACGUUCAGGUGCGAUUGUCAGACGAGAGUCCAUCAAUAUCUAAGGGAUGCAUGCGCGGAGUUAAAGGGCGAGAAACUCGAGGCUUGGAGAAGGGUAUUUCGGGAAGCUCAUCAGAUCGUUCAAUGCGAAUUACCUAGAUAUCAGGAAUCAUAUCCAG